AUGACAGAGGAAGAGACAGCUAUGGAACCAACAGAGGGAGAAACACCUAUGGAACCAACAGAGGGAGAAACACCUAUGGAACCAACAGAGGAAGAAACACCUAUGGAACCAACAGAGGAAGAAACACCUAUGGAACCAACAGAGGAAGAAACACCUAUGGAACCAACAGAGGAAGAAACACCUAUGGAACCAACAGAGGAAGAGGCAGCUAUGGAACCAACAGAGGAAGAAACACCUAUGGAACCAACAGAGGAAGAGGCAGCUAUGGAACCAACAGAGGAAGAAACACCUAUGGAACCAACAGAGGAAGAGGCAGCUAUGGAACCAACAGAGGAAGAAACACCUACGGAACCAACAGAGGAAGAAACACCUAUGGAACCAACAGAGGAAGAGGCACCUAUGGAACCAACAGAGGAAGAAACACCUAUGGAACCAACAGAGGAAGAGGCAGCUAUGGAACCAACAGAGGAAGAGGCAGCUAUGGAAUCAACAGAGGAAGAGGCAGCUAUGGAACCAACAGAGGAAGAGGCAGCUAUGGAACCAACAGAAGAAGAAACACCUAUGGAACCAACAGAGGAAGAGGCAGCUAUGGAAUCAACAGAGGAAGAGAGGAAGAGGCAGCUAUGGAAUCAACAGAGGAAGAGGCAGCUAUGGAACCAACAGGAAGAAACACCUAUGGAACCAACAGAGGAAGAAACACCUAUGGAACCAACAGAGGAAGAAACACCUAUGGAACCAACAGAGGAAGAAACACCUAUGGAACCAACAGAGGAAGAAACACCUAUGGAACCAACAGAGGAAGAAACACCUAUGGAACCAACAGAGGAAGAAACAUCUAUGGAACCAACAGAGGAAGAAACACCUAUGGAACCAACAGAGGAAGAAACACCUAUGGAACCAACAGAGGAAGAAACAUCUAUGGAACCAACAGAGGAAGAAACACCUAUGGAACCAACAGAGGAAGAAACACCUAUGGAACCAACAGAGGAAGAAACAUCUAUGGAACCAACAGAGGAAGAAACACCUAUGGAACCAACAGAGGAAGAAACACCUAUGGUUCUUCCAUCAAUAUAA